CGUAAAUAAACACCUCCAAAGCUUCCGCCACUUUCCAUCCAAUCGAAAUCGAAAUCUCUCAAAUUUUCUCGAGAAACAAACACAUCUUAAACCCUUCAAACCUCCACUUUCAUUUUUCCAGAUGGCUCGUACCAAGCAGACUGCUCGCAAGUCCACCGGAGGAAAGGCACCAAGGAAGCAGCUGGCAACUAAGGCUGCUAGGAAGUCUGCUCCGGCGACCGGUGGAGUGAAGAAGCCCCACCGCUUCAGGCCGGGAACUGUGGCUCUGAGGGAAAUCAGGAAGUACCAGAAGAGCACUGAGCUCCUGAUCCGCAAGCUUCCGUUCCAGAGGCUUGUGAGGGAGAUUGCACAGGACUUCAAGACCGAUCUGAGGUUCCAGAGCAGCGCGGUGUCGGCGCUCCAGGAGGCGGCGGAGGCGUACUUGGUGGGUCUGUUUGAGGACACCAACCUCUGCGCCAUUCAUGCCAAGAGGGUCACCAUAAUGCCCAAGGACAUCCAGCUUGCUCGCAGGAUUAGGGGCGAGAGGGCUUAAGAAUCCCUAAAUCUUAGGGUUUUGAAUUUUCAGCAGAACGUAGUGGGAUUUUUAUGCUUUGUAAUGGGUUUUGAAAAUUGUUAUGUAAAGUUCAAACCUUGGAAGAUUUAUGGUCAAUCGAAGUUUGGUUUGAUUUAUGCACUCCAUGUGUUUGUUAAAGUUUGCUUUGUAAGAGUCAUCUAGAAGUAUAUUCCGAGGCUUAAUGUCGCAAUGUAUGAUUUGGGUGCUGCACUCCUCAUGUAAAUACAAGAGCCCUCUCGCGAUUUCCUUU